CACCCAAAACGGGAUAAACGAAACUGAAGGGUUUAAAUCAGGAAUCGAGGAGAGACGACGACGUGGUAAAGUCUCUGAUCUGCACAGACGAACACACAGAAAGAGAACUGUAAGUCAGCAUACUGUCUUUACUAACAACAAGAAGAAGAAAAUGGCUGAGAUGGUAGAGAAAAUCACUCUUGUUGAUUCUUUCCUGAGCUGCCAUGUGUGUUCAGAGACUUUCAUAGAUCCUGUGUCUCUGAGCUGCAACCACAGCUUCUGUUCAAGCUGCCUGCAGAAAUUCUGGGAACAAGUUGGAAAUAAGAACUGUCCCAUCUGUAAAAGAUCGUCAAAGGAAACUCCAUCCAUCAACUUCUCCCUCAAGGAACUUGCUGAUUCGUUUGCCAGGAAGCAGAAUGGAGCUACAAACGAGAUGGAAAAUAAGAAAGAGAAGAAUGUGGUGUGUGAGAAACACUCAGAGGUUUCUUAUUGGUUCUGUGAAGACGAGCAGAAAGCUGUGUGUCCUGUCUGUGAGUUUUCUCUCCACCAGAGUCACAAAGUGGUUCCUGUAGAACAAGCAGUCAGUGAGAUGAAGAAGCAGCUGAGAUCUGACUUAAAGUCUCUGCAGGACAAGAGGAACACACAAGAAGAAGUGAAGACAGAAUACGAUGAGAUGAUUGAACACUGCAAGAAGCAGCUGUUGUCCACAGAGAGACAGAUCAGAGCAGAGUUCAACAAGCUCCACCAGUUCCUGAAAGAGGAAGAGGAGUCCAGACUGGCAGCUCUGAGAGAGGAAGAGGAGCAGAAGAGGAAGACUAUCAGCAGAGAGAUGAAGAGGAUCCAGGAGCAGAUCUCCUCUCUGUCAGACAGCAUCUCUGCUGUUGAAGAAGACCUGCAGAAAGACAACGUGCCGUUCCUCAGCAGUUAUAAAGCCACUCAGAGCAGAGCCAGAGGUCAGACGUCACUGUCAGAUCCACAGCUGGUCUCAGGAGCUCUGAUAGAUGUGGCCAAACACCUGGGCAAUCUGUCCUUCAGAGUCUGGGAGAAGAUGAAGGACAAGGUCCACUUCAGUCCUGUCAUUCUGGACCCAAACACUGCAAAUGGAUUUCUCUAUCUGUCUGAUGAUCUGACCAGUGUGAGAUGUGGAGACACAAAGCAGCAGCUUCCUGAUAAUCCAGAGAGGAACACUAAGUAUAGGGAUGUUUUUGGUUCUGAGGGCUUCAGCUCAGGGAAACACAGCUGGGAGGUGGAGGUGGGAGACCAUCCUGACUGGCUCAUUGGUUAUGUUAAAGAGUCAGUUGAGAGGAAGGAAGAGGCAUCUCCUUCACCAGAAGAUGGAAUCUGGUGUUUAUGGCAUGAUGAUGGAAAUUAUACUAAUGGUGCUGAUAAGACUCUCCCAGUGAAGAAGAAUCUUCAGAAGAUCAGAAUCCAGCUGGAUUAUGACAGGGGGGAGGUGUCCUUCUACGACCCUGAAGACAUGUCUCACAUCUACACUCACAGAGACACUUUCACUGAGAAACUCUUCCCUUAUUUCAGUGUUGGAGAAGCUGCUGAUGCCAAAACUUCUGAUCUCAAAAUCUGUCAAACUGAGAUUUCUGUUUAAACUUGUGUUUUUGAGUUCUCUGAAAUAUUGAAUAUUUUUUGAUUGGUGACCAUCCUGACUGGUACCUGGGUGUGGUUAAAAUGUCAGUUGACAGAAAGGGAGAGAGAGUGUCUUGAGAUGGCAUGUGUUGUGAAAUGGCGGUAUAUAAAUAAAAUUGAAUUCAACUGAAAUGAGAAUGACUUAGGUUGAUUUUUACAGUGAAUGUCUUACUUAUAGCUCCUUCAAUGAAAAGAAAACAGAGUUUAACUGGAAAACUGGAAAAAAAUACUGUAAAACCAAUAGAAUUACAGUAAAUGUAUCAUAGAAUUACGGUAAAGCUGUAAUAGAAGUACAGUAAAUUCAUCAUAAAAUUAUAGUAAAACUGUAAUAAAAUUACAUUAAAUUACCACAAAAUUACAGUAAAACUGUAAAUAAAAUUACAUUAACCGGCUGUAAAUUUUACAGUAACUGGCUGGCAACCCUGCUGCCAGUAAUUUACUGUAAAUUCUACAGUAUUUUUUUUACAGUGUAUUGGUAAGACCAUCACUGUGAGGAAGAGACUUGAGGAUCAGAGUCCAGCUGGACUAUGACAGGGGGGAGGUGUCCUUCUACGACUCUGAAGACAUGUCUCCUGUCUACAUCUGCAGAGAAACCUUCACUGAAAAACUUUUGCCUUACUUCAGCGUUGGUGAAGCUGCUGAUGCCAAAACCAAGGGUAUCAGCAUAUGGAAGUCUGAAACGGUGGUGAGAUCAAACUGAUUUGUUCCUUUAACAAGAAGAAAAGCUAAAAUCAAGGUUUAAAACACAGAGUCGUUAAUAUAAGAUGGACUUAAGUGUUUGUAUAGUAACAUAAAGGAUCCCUAAAGUUUAAAAAUGUAACAACAUUGAGGGACACAACUAUUUAAAGUCCCCAAAAAGCAUGACUAAGAGCUUUGAUUGUCUUUAGCAAAGCACAAAGGCCUUGUUGUAGCCUUCAAUAUCUGUUUUCAUAUCUCAGGAGUCCUUUUGGCUGACUCCUCCUCACGUAAACUUUCUAAAUCCUUUGUUUCUUGGUUGCUGCUUGGAAACUCAAAGCUUGAGCUUCUUUUACAGACUUUCUAGAGGACUGAGGUUUGGUGACUACCAAGGCCUUUCCAUUCUUCUUUAGCUCCUCACAGCUUCCAUACAAGUGGCUCUUGAGUUAUUAUCAUGCUGGGAUUCUCAUCCAGGACCCAUCAUUCGUGUCCUCCUCCUAGAUUUAUUCAUAAUUUCUUGGCACCUCAAUGCGGUUGAAGUUGCCACAGUCUUAAGGAUAAUGUUUCCAUCUCUGUGCUUAACAGAGAUACUGGUUUUCUUCUCUUCCUCCUAAUAUGCAGGGUUGAGUUGCUGCAAAAGAGCUCCGAGGGAGACAUGAUUCUGGUUGUGUUGUACAGAUUGAAUGUUUAUUUCUCUCAAUGAUCUGCAAACUAAACUGUGACAAUUGUGUAAUUCAUUUUUUUCCAGACUUUUAUUGAUAUUCUUUUUUGUAUGUCUGUGAGCAAACUUAGGAAAUCAGCAGGGGAUCAAAUAUUUAAUCUGUUGUUUAAUAACUUUUUCUUUUAGUUGUUUUUUGUUGAUUAUGUUAUAUAAGCAGAUCUGUUUUUAAAGUUUGAUGGUUAUUUUAAGACGCACCAAUCAGAUUUUCCCUGGCCAAUGUCCAUUUAUAGUCUGAUCUGCUGGAAAUAUUCAGUCAGACCAGAUCCGGGGGGUGCCACACAAGUAUUUUUGCAUUAGUUUGCAUGAACUGUAUUUUACAUCAAGCACGUUUUACUGAUGGAUCACACUGUAUGCUGACUUAAUGGCUCCCCAUAUAUAUAAAUCCAGUAUUGACUGUAAAAACAAACAUGUUUUUUUCUUUUUUAUUGAACUUUAACUGAUAGAAUCUUCCCUCAGACUGUAUCACAGAUCACACAAACAAAUCAGCCAUUAUAGACCUUGUCUGAUAUUUGUAUGUUUACCUUUUAGUCAUUAAAACACUAAAUAAUUAAAUAAAUAUUGAGAAUUUA